CAUCUUGCUGGACGCGAGCCAAGAAGUUGCAAGUAUUAUCGUAUUAUGUAUUAUCGGACUGAUCAAUAAAAAUUACGUGCUUUAUCUUUCUUCUGUGGUGCGCCGCUGUGGCAUCUUUCGUACCUUCAUCACACAUGUGCCUCACGGAGCGCGACACCGGAUCUUGGUCGUAAUGGAGCAGCGGUACAGUUAUCUAAUUUGCCGAUGCGUGUUGAAAGGAUGGUGUCACAAGACCUGAGACCUCUGUAGCUCGCAAUUCCAGAAGAGGAAUGAUCCGUCGCUAAGGGCUCCUUACACGGACUUCACGUGAUCCCAGCUGUCUACGCCGGCGGCGGAGAGAGUGGAGGCUCCUUGUGUUUUGUUGCUGCCCUUCGUGGACGCAGCACGCCAAGGAGGCAAGCUGCCGCCGACUCUCGAGUGUCCCGCUUUCCGCUCGCCGACCCUGCCUCGGAGAGUUUGAGGACGACGUAGCCAAAAUUCGAAGAUGGCAGAAGCCAGAAGCGCCGUCGCCGGACUACAGGUGCGCGAAGUGGACGACGAACGCGGCUCCUGUAGGAUCAUUUUUCGGGUAUGGCUGAGGACUGCCUUCCGGAAAUACCAUCGCGUCAGGAAUUCCAUCAGCAAUGGCAUGUGGCCAACAUCUGUGCACAAUAUCUGCAUACUUUGUAUAUUAGUUUUUCUGUUUAUGCUCUCGGACAUAGAGAUCGCAGAGUCAAUCAAGGAACUAUUUUGGGAUACUGGUGACAAACUUCAUGUGCCUCAUGAACUUCCAGCCACAGUUAGGGCCAUCAUCGUUGCUUGCUUCAUCAGUGUGGUGCUGUCCGUUGUAUUUAUGAAACUUCGCCAAAUUAUACUUCGCAGCUUACUAGGCUACCGAGGAUGGAUGUACGAAUCAACGAAACCUAGCCACAAGUACCUGACCACGCUCUGGUGCCUGGCUGUGCGAGUAGUCAGCGGCUAUCAGCCGUCACUGUACAGUUGCCAGCGAUCGCUACCAAGGCUUCCGGUGCCUCCUCUGCAUGACACCAUUGAGCGCCUGCUUGACUCCCUCAAAGCAGUCUGCACUCCAGAAGAGAUGAAGGUCCUCGAAAUGCAGGCGCAGAAGUUCGAGUCUACCUUGGGCCCAACACUGCAACGGCUUCUCUAUCUGCGUUCCUGGAUCUCGAGCAACUAUGUAACGGAGUGGUGGGAAAAGUACAUCUACUUGAGCAACCGUAUGUCCCUAGCCAUUAACAGCAACUACUAUUGCUUCGACCAGAGCUACUCUCAUCCGUCACACAUUCAGUCUUCAAGGACAGCAGUGAUCGUUCACAACUGCUUAGCCUUCAAGCGCCUCAUUGACCGGGAAGAACUGCAACCUCUUGUUCUUCGUGGCACAGUCCCAAUCUGUAUGUCCCAGUAUGAAAGGCUCUUCUCAACGACAAGAGUACCUGGCAUUGAUAUUGACGAAAUCUGCCACUAUAGUUCAACUGAAUCAAAGCAUGUGAUCCUGCAGCACAAAGGCUUUUUCUACAAGCUUGACGUGUAUGACGCUGCCAACCAAAUUCUCUUCCCAACAACCCUCGAGCAUCAGAUUGAGUGGAUAAUGGAAGAUGCCAAGAAGCAUGUUGCCAGUGAAGCUGAGGCAUCUCUGGCUGCACUCACCACACUAGACAGGGCAACAUGGGCAAAGAUACGGCAGAAGCACUUCUCUCGUGGUAUCAACAGAGAGAGCCUGAGUGCCAUUGAAAAGGCCACCUUUUUUGUGAGCAUGAAUGACCUGGAACCAAGAGGCCUGACUGAAAGGGGGAAGCUACUGAUCCACGGAGAUGGCAGGAGCAUCUGGUUUGACAAGUCGCUCAACGUCCAGGUGUUCAAGGAUUGCACGUCCGGCAUGAACUGCGAGCACAGCAUGGCUGAUGCACCCGCCAUGGCUCACAUGUGGGAGUCCACCGUUACGAGGGAGGUGCUUGAGAAGCUGUAUGAUGAAUCUGGCCGGUGCAUGCCGCCAGGCAAGAAGUGCAAGCAGUAUGCCAUCCUGCGGCCCCAGCGUCUCGUGUGGAACAUUUCGCCUGACCUGGAGAAAGAUAUCACUGAGGCACUGGCCAAAGCAAGGAAGGCAAAUGAUGACCUGGAUCUGUUCGUGAGAGACCAUGACAACUGGGGUAAAGGAAUCAUCAAGAAAUGCAGGGUGUCACCAGAUGCAUUCAUCCAGAUGGCUUUGCAACUUGCAUACUACAAAGAGAACAAAAAGUUUGUCCAGACCUAUGAAGCCAGCAUGACGCGGCUCUAUCUCAACGGUCGAACCGAGACUGUGCGAUCGUGCACUCUUGAGGCAACAGAGUUUGUCAGGGCGAUGGUGGAAAACAGUGUGAGCACAGAGGAGAAAAUUCGGCUUCUUAAACGUGCAAGUGCCAAGCAUCAAAGACUCUACAGGGACGCAAUGAGCGGCAAGGGUGUUGACAGGCACCUUUUUGCUCUCUAUGUGGCCUGCAAGGGUCUGAAAUAUGAAAGUGAAUUCUUAACCAACGUGCUUCUGCGUCCCUGGACAUUGUCUACAAGCCAGACGCCGCAUACACAGCUGGAUUACUCGCCAGAUGCGGACCUCGAGGUGUUCAGGAACAAGAUUUCUCCUGGAGGUGGUUUCGGUCCAGUGUCCGAUGACGGCUACGGAGUGUCCUACAUCUUUCCAAACAACUCCAAGAUCUUCUUUCAUGUUUCGUCCAAAAAAUCCUGCACGAGCACAAACUCUGAAAGGUUUGUGAGGACGUUAGAGGAAAGCAUGGACGAGAUGAAGGCUUUGUUUGGGUUUUAAGGCAAAGAGGAGUAUGCAUCAAGGAACAAGAGGCCCAGUGUGACCAAAAUAACGGACAGCCUUUUGCGACGGUCAUGACACCGUUACAGUUGUCAAAAGUGAUGCUUCUUGGCACACUUGCAAGAGAGCUCCCCUUUACAUCUAAGUGCUUGACUUGCUUGCAAAGUUUGCAAGCCUUCUACACUAUUCAGCGUUUUUAUGAAUGACAUAAUGUUCAAGGUGUAGUGUACGCUCUUCCCCAUGUACCAGCGGAUUAAUUAUGCUUACAAAUUUUACUUGGGUGGUAAUGGUGAUGGUGGUAAAUGGAAGGAAGAUUUUAAAUUUACUGAGGGACUGCACUCCUUGUUCUAAUUGUAGUGCAGAUGCCUGGUCGAUUUCUGUAUAUUAAAUACGACAACUACUAUAACACAUGGUUUGUGAGAUGUGGGAGAGUUCUCAAGACAUUUGAGAUGGCUUCCCUUGGAAACUUGGAAGAUGCGCGUAUAUGGCAUUUGGUCCCAUGCAGUGCCUCUGUGCUCUUUCAGAGACAAUGUUUAACUAAUGUAACCGCGGAUUUUGCAUCUUCUAUCCUUCAUGGUCCUGGUAGGGCUAGAAUACAAAUACCUAAUGAUUGUGUUUUUGUUAAGUCAAGCCACUUGGCAGUGCAAUGUGUAGAAGGUGAAAUCGGUCAUGGCUGACCUGUUAGUGGUUCUUGAAAUGUCACGUAGGCAAGAAAUUAUUGAUGCUGCACCUACGUUUGUCGCAGGUAUCUACUUUUAAGUAACUUCAAGAGCAUUACAGUACUGUGGUUGUAACAGCGUUUUGUUUUUUGCAAGCUGUAGUAAUCUCUCACACACAAAUUAUAUUAACCUAAUACUUACCUAUGUCAAAGGAGAAUGGGGGUACAGGUUCAGCGUACCUUGUUCAAAGAAGUAGAAGGAAUUGGAAGCGAGGUACAUAUGGUUUCCAACAUUUGGUGUUCUGCCAGAUUUUUGCUUGUGUAGGCUUCAUCAAAAUUAACAGGAUAAAAAUUCGUGGUGUGGCAUGGUGGAUUUUUGCGAUGUCCACAUCAAGUGGCAUUGUAAUUUUGCAAGUUUGCUUUGUUGUUGUAGCGAUGAUCUUUUUUCACAGUUAAAAAAAAAAGGCUUUGUACAAGUGAACAAAGUAGCAAGGCGCUGUUUUUUGCAGUGGGCUAAAUUUAUUGGGCAUGUUCAACAUGGAGUAAAUGUUGGACUGUGCUGGUUUUCUAGCAAAGGCUUUUUAGGAGACCAUGUAGCACAAACGCAAACCUUUUGGACUUCUAUUGCUUUGAAAGCUUUGCUCUUCCUUACUUAGAGGACCCUGGAUGUACAGUGCACUACACUGCUAACGGGAGCACAGAAGUGCUCACAGAGUGCUCACACUCUGUGUGGAUCCCAGCUAUCGACUGCUGGUAGAAGCAGUUAGGCAUACUACGCAGAUGAGUACAGAGGAGACGGUAGCACCUACAGUGAGUCGUCUGCUUGUGCAAGCUUUUCUAAAAUUUUAGCUAAGAGAAAUCCGCUCAUGCCCUGCAAUCUUAUGUUCCUUUUAUCAGUGGACCACACUACUUAUGUGACAGGAGCUUUAACUUCGUCUUUUUUUUUUUGCAGCUGAGUGCAUUAGUGGUAGUGUUAAUGGGUCUUGUGUGCCGAGUGAAGCCAAAGCUAUUGAACGCAGAAGUAUUAUUACUACCUGAAUGCUGUAUAGUCUGCUGGACAUUGGUCAUCUAAUGCAAGUUCUGCACUAAGUGUUCACUUUUUUAGGAGAAAGCAAAGGAGGGCAAAUGCUGUGCCUUUGGGAGGCACAUGUCACAAUGCGAUGCAAACGUCCUAGUUUUGCCACUUAAUGCCGCUGGCUUUUUCUAUUGGUUAAAUAGCACUUGUUUUAUUUUGCCCUGUGCUAGCAUUGUAUUUCCUUAUGUGUUGAACAGUCUCGAAGUCUAUUUUUUUACGUUUUUACCCAGGACUUGUCCACUUUUGGAGUUGUUCCUGUAUUUUCCCUGCCCGAAAUGGGCACAGCGCACCAGCCAUUUUUGUAUUGAGAUUUUAGAUGCAGUGACUGUUACCAAUGAAAUGUUUGCAUGGGCAGUUCAGUGUGUGUUCUUGUUUGUGUGUGUUUAUACAGAUGCAUGGUUGUUUGUUGACUUAGUGAAUGUAGUUUCCCAGAGACAAGUCUUGCUCAUUUUUUAGAGGCCUGCAUGUGUGGGACUUCUGAAAAGCUCUCUGGCACGCGAGAUGAAACACCGAUCCAAAGUUGUGUCUUAGUUAUUGUCGCCUCCUUUUUUUUUUCUUGUGGAAUGCAGUGUGUCGAUUUUAGUGGCAGUGGUUUUGAAGACAAUUUUUAUAUACUAAUGUGAAUUGUGCUUUUUUUAUGUCUGGUGGCCUUUUGUAUGUAUACAUGAAGGCCCACUCACUGAUGGUAUGUGCUUAAUGUUAACAGUGUUUGCUUGGUGACGAAUGUAAUAAAAUCAUGGUAUGUCAGUA